AUGACGACAUCAACUAAAACACAGCAAUUCUAUGGUGAAUAUAUUAACCCAACGAUUGAUCAAUAUUCACCACAAAAAGAAAAUCCAUUAGUAUUAAUGGCUCAAGCAUGUAAUAAUAUUGGUAAAGAAUUAUCAAUAACAUUAAAACAAUCAUCAUCUCCUCCACUUUUAUCUAAAAUUCGAAAAUCUAAUUCACCACAAGAAGUAAAAAAAUCUUUAAAACGAAUGGCAUCAACAACAUGUUCAUCAUCACCACCACCAUCUAAAAAAAUUCUCCUUCCUCAAAUAGCUAGUUAUCCACCAUCAUCAUUUAUGUUCGAUUCAUUGUUUUAUUAUCAUUUAAAUAAAACAUUUGCAUUACCAACAUUUGAUUUAUCAUUAUUAUCAAGAUCGCCGUUAAAUUAUUCAGCUUUUUCUUCACAACCUCAACAAUCUCCGUAUUUAAUGGAUUCUAUAUUAUCAUCACCAUUUGUUUGUAAUUGGAUGGAUUCAUCUAUUCCCGAUAAAUUUUGUGGAAAACGUUUUACAAAUAAUAUUCAUUUACUUGAACAUCUUUGUACAGAACAUACAUCAAUAUCACCGAUUAAAUCUUUAUAUCCAUCUUAUUAUCCAUCAACAUCAGUAGAAAAACUAUAA